CUUCCUCUUUUUCUGUUGUUAUGUUUCAGUUACACAGUUAUUGAAAACUCUUAGUUGUAUUGAUCCACGAAUCUUAUGGGUGGUUGUAAUUUUGUAAUGCUGUAGACUGUGUUUAAAAAAAGGGGAAAAAAGAGAUUGUGUUAUAUAUAGUUUGCUAGUCUAGCAUCUUGCUUAUUACGCAUGAAAUGAAUGAUGUGACUCUUGGGAUUGUUGAGUGAUGUAGUUUGGAUGAUAGAGACAGGUACAAAAACGGAAUUAGUUUCAGUUACAGGCAAGAUUUUGUCGAAAUUUUUAAAGAUUCAAAGGCUUGCUAUGUGGGUGAAGCCCUCCUAUGUGCACAACCGCUAGUUGAGUCGUGACAAUACAGAAUAGAGUCUACCCAAGCCUUAUAUUGAGGCUAAUAAGGCCAGUGACUAAUUUUAACCCCGUUAAACUUAAUUGGUUUAUGGCAAAUCAAAAAGAAUUAAGUAGAAUAUUCAUUUGAGUUAAACAUAUGGUAUUUGUCCUAUGAAUUUUAAUGCGCUUGCAUCUUUGAUUAGUACACAAUUAUUUAUCCUACUGGUAUUGGCAACUAAUAAGAGCCAUUUACAUUAAAUGUUAGCCUCAAUAGACUAUUAAAACUCAGAUAAAUAAGAACUGUAACGAAAUAGCAGAAAGUUGAGAGACCUGUUAGAGACUUGUUCCACUCACAUGGUAUGCUUUUCAUGGCAGAGAACUUAUUGGCUGAAUGGCAACUGGAGCACGUCGUCUACUCGCUCAUACGAUCUUCUAAGACCAUCCAAUCUCUGGCAUAUUGGUGGGAGAAGAUGUGGGAGGUACCUUCAGUUGACUCCAACCUUUGCAAAUGCUCUUCUGCACUUGCAAUAAGAGGAUGAGAUAAUGUGUGCCCGUACAUGGAUCCACAUGGAUGAGGAUAAUGAUGUAAGAGAUUUUUUGAAUCGUAUCCAGCUUUUGAUCACAAACGCCGGUCGGGACCUUCACUUGCUUUGUGAUAUUGGAAGCUCUGAACAGGAUCGUGUUACUUAUGACACACUUCAAGAGAUUUGGCUUCUCAAGCCAGACAUGAUUUUAUUUCUAAGACUACUUCCCAAGUUCGUCCGAGCAUUUGGUGUUGUUCCAUCUGCUGAUGAAAUCCCGGCUAGAUAUAUUGAAUCCCUCGUUGAUAAUCUAGAGUUUUUGCUAAAUUACAAGGCAGAUUUUGUUGCUCCUGUGAAGGAAAAACUUGAAGUUAUCAAAGGAAUUCUGAAAAUUCUGAAAGGUCUGAAACUUUUACACACAACUAUAGAGUUCACUAGGGAAUUGGAUGUCUUUGCAGUGGUCUUUGUUCAUUUCAUCCUAGAAGCACCAAUGACUAAGCUCAAUUCCUGGUCCUAUCUACCUGUCUACAACGAUGUUGUUCAAAAACUCCAAAUUUCGCUCAGGUUACUGCUGAUAUAUAUCUUAUGCUGUGGUAUCCAUAAUGAAAGCUUGACAAUAUUUGAUCUUGUAGUCAAUGAGUUUUGGUCAUUCAUUAACUCAUUAGACAACCGAGAACCAAAUGAAGAUUUGGGCAAAGAAUUUGAUCUUGCUAUUUCCCGUUUGGUGCAAAAGAUGGAGCCUAUGGCAUCAAAGAUCUUAAAGGGUACUAUUGAGAAACAAAAGCCAGCAUUGUCCUUUUCCCAGAUUGAUAGUUUGGGAUGUAUAGAUUUGGUAUCACAGAAUUUGCUGAGAUUGUUGGAUCAUAGGAUUGAUUCAAUUGCUCCGGUAGCACAUCAGAUUGAAGUUGUACUGUUUGAUAUUAAAAAUUUCAGACCUUUUCUCGAAGGAAAUGUUGACCAACAAGGAGAGCGUAAGGAAGUGUUAGAUGUUUGCAAACAUAUGACCAAUUUAUUUGUCAAAUUUGAGUGUGUUGUUGAUAAGUUCGUGCUUUAUCCUUCUUCCAUAUGGAACAAUCAUUUAGACAAUGUCACUGAAGAAAUAAAGCACUUCAAGAAAAUUGUUGAAUUUUCGCAAAUCUACAUGGGAAAAAAGGACGUCCCAAGUGAUUGUCAAACAUCAAAACCUAGCACUCCAACUAUUGAUGAAGCAGUUGUAGGCUUGGAGGACCAGAUAGAAAUAUUAAUGGUACGGGUAAUUCGUGGAGGGGCCGAGCUUAAAACCAUUCCUAUCUUUGGCAUGCCAGGGAUUGGUAAGACAACACUCGCCAAAAGAAUUUACAAUGACAGAAGAAUUUCAGAUCACUUUGAUAUUCAAGCAUGGUGUUCUGUUUCUCCUGGACAUAAGGUGAGUGAAUUGGCCCAAGAUAUUUUAAUUUCUAUCGUUGAUCUGAGCAGUGAUACUUACAAGUCAAAGGAGGGGAAGGGGCUAGAAUAUCUUGAUCGUUUACGCAAACAGUUACAUAGUGGAAGAUACCUCAUCGUUUUAGAUGAAGUGUGGAAUUCUCAUAUAUUUGAUGAGUUGCACAGGUGUUUUCCAGAUAAUCAUAAUGGAAGCAGAAUUCUUGUUACCAGCGGCCGAAAAUAUGAGGAUCCAUUGUUUGAUGAACCUCUUUUGGUUCGCUUGUUGACUCCGGAAGAGAGUUGGGAGCUAUUACAAGUGAAGUAUAAUCACCUUCGCUUCUGUACUCAAGAAGAAUUUCGCAAACCCCCAAUUCCAAAUGAGAACUGUCCUGCUGAAGUUGGGAAGGAAAUUGCCGUAAAAUGUCAAGGGCUACCUCUGGCCAUUGUUUUGGUAGCUGGGUUUCUUGUCAAUUUAGAGGACAACAGCGAUUGGCUAACCAUUACUGAAGAGGCAUUUAGUUCAGAAACUAAUCGUGAUGUAGGAGACUGCAAUGAAAUAAUAGAAUUGAGCUACAAAAAUAUGCCUGGUUAUCUAAGACAAUGUUUUCUAUAUUUUGCAGCAUUGCCAAUGAGUACAGAAAUUUCAGUUUUAAAACUAACAUGGUUAUGGGUUAGUGAAGGAUUUUUACGAAGAGAUGAGGUGAAGAAACCAGAGGAGGUAGCAGAAGAUUACCUGAAUGAUCUUAUGGGGAGGAGCCUUGUAAUGGAGGCCAGAAGAAGUUCAAAGGGCGGACUGAAAUCAUGUCGCAUUCAUAAUUAUCUAUAUCAUUUCUGUCAAGACAAAUCUAAAGUCGAAAAGUUCUUGCCAGUGGCAUCGCGGUUUGAAGCUUUCUUUCUGGAUACCCCAUUUAUUCCCCUUACCCGCACAAAGAUAUAUUCUUCUGAACGCCGUCGGCCAAGUCCUCUUCCCAAAAGUAUAUUUCGGGGCGUCGAUCAUGUUAGAGUGUUGGACUUGGGGUGCAUCAACAUUGGCAAUACCUUUCAUCCGGAAAUAGAAAGGCUUGUGCAUUUGAGAUUUUUGUCACUUCAAGGUGACAUGACGGUCAUUCCCUCUUGGAUUUCCAAGCUCUGGAACUUAGAAACUUUCCUAGUGAAAGGAAGAGAAGGUGAGAUAGCUUUACCAGAUACAUUUUUCAGUAUGAAGAGGCUGAGGCAUGCACAUAUAGAUAACUUUACCUUCUCAGAUUCCAACUUGUCCCAAUUAGAUUGUUUGCAGACCUUAUCCACCCCAUCUCUUUCUUAUGACACAGGGAACAUAAUGAGAAGUUACCCUUCCCUUCAAAAACUAAAAUGCAUAUUUUUGGAAUCUUGGGGUCAUUCUGAGAAGUUAGGAGAAUCUUGCUAUCGAUUUCCAGUUUUGGAUUUCUUGAAUCAGCUUGAAUCACUCAAUGUGAUUUAUCAAGGCCGGGUGCUUCUGCCUUGUGAAUUUAACUUCCCCUCGAACCUUAAGAAAUUGACCUUAUCAAAGUUUCAGCUGCCAUGGGUUGAAAUUUCUGCAAUUUCAGCAUUACCAAACCUUGAGGUUUUGAAACUGCUCUCAGAGGCUUUUGAGGGAGGAGAGUGGAAUGUCAGUGAUGAGGAGUUUGCAAAACUCAAGUUCUUGAAAUUGGGAAAUUUGAACAUUACACUUUGGAAUAUAUCAGAUGAUGCCUUCCCAUCUCUUGAGCAUAUAGUGUUGCAAAAUUGCAAGCAGCUCAUUGAGAUUCCUUCUGAGUUUGGUGAUAGUUGUUCCCUGCAAAAGAUUGAGGUGUUCAUGUGUGGAGAAUCUGUUUCUCAAUCAGCCAGAAAUAUUGAGGAAAGUCAGCAGGACAAUGGAAAAGGCAAAUUCAAGGUCACCAUUCAGAACCCAAACCCAAUCAGGGACUGAAAAAACCGAAUCUCGUCUUUAAUCGCCGUGCUCACUUAUGCAAGUGUUGAUUCCGAUCCGCAGACUUGAGCCAGGGUACUUUAGUGAUGAGCCGCGCAUUUCCUUCCAUGAGUAAUGCUGGUUCCACUUCUUCUUUCUCUAUUGUUAUGUUCAGUUUGACAGUUAUUGAAAACUCUUUGUUGGAUUUAUCCAUGAACCUUAUGUGUGGUUGUAAUUUUGUAAUGUAUUAGACUAUCUUACUCUUCCGAAAAAAAAAAAAAAAGUUGUGUUAUAUAUUUAUAUAACACAGUUAUGUA